AUGGCGGCGCCGCCGUCCGCCCUCAGCUGGGCGCUGUCCCUGCUGGCGGCGCUGGCGGGCGCCGGCGGCCCCCAGAGCUUCGAGCUGCCGGGGGCCCCCAUCGACAACAUCGAGGUGAGCGGCGGCGGCGUGCUGGUGGCGGGCGGCAGCUGCCUCUACGAGCUGCGGCCCGAGCUGCGGCCCCGCCGCCGCGUGGUGCCGGCGGCGGCGGGACAGGGCUGCGGGGAGCCCCCCGGCAUGCGUAGCAACUUGCUGCUGGCCUACGAGGAGGCCGGCGGGGAGGGCGUCCUGCUGGCUGGCUGGACCCAGAAGGACGGCACCUGCGAGGUGUGGGAGCAGCCGGCCUACCGGCAGCGCUUGAACCGCAGCGAGGUGGUCAGCUGCCUGCCCGACGGCUCCACCGCCGGCGUCGUCUUCCAGCUGGCCGGCGCCUGGUACCUGGCCGUGGCGGCCACCUACUCGGCCGGCCGCCACAGGAGCCGUCUGGGCUGCGAGCCCUCCCAGUCGGACGAGGCGACCGUCAUCACGGUGCGCAGCAUGGACAACCUGGAGUCCAAGGAGGAGCUGGGCAUCAUCAAGCGCAAGGAGGAGCCUUUGCACUUUGUCGAUGCGCUCCAGUGGGGGGAUCACCUCUUCUUUCCCUACUACAGGUUGAAGGUCAGGUGGGACAAGGACAUGGAGCCACCGAGCAUGGCUGUCCUGCACCAGCUGCGCCCCUCAGAGCGUGGCCUUAGUUUGCGAGGGCACGUGUAUUUGGACUGUGGGUGCAGGAGCCUCAUCGUUUCCUCGAGCCUUGUCCGCCAGGGCGAGCGGGGCUGGUGGGUGGGUGUUUUCCGCCACAGCACCAAGGCCUGGAACACCACCGCUGUCUGCAUCUUCGGGAUGGAGGAGAUAAAGGAGCAAGCCUGUGCAUCCACGCACUUCAUCAUGAACGGGGAGACCUGUGAGGCACGAUCAAUCAAGAAAUUACCUACCUUGAUUCACUCUGGAUUAGCGGCUGUGUAUGGCACAGUUGUUUUGAAUCAGAUAGUUCUCUUUUUGGGAACAGAUGAUGGACAGUUACUGAAGGCUAUUCUUAAUAAGGAUAUGGAAUCUAAUUGCCCAGAGGUUUUAUACGAAAUUAAGGAAGAAACCUCCAUUUUCCCCAAACUUCGACUUGAUCCAGUAGAUAAUAACUACAUCUAUCUGUCCUCUGCCAAUAAGGUGAGAAGAAUACCAGUUGCAAAUUGCAGUAGAUAUGUUUCCGAGCAAGAAUGCUUAUCUGCAAAGGAUCCCUACUGUGGGUGGUGUUCUUUGAAUCAAAGGUGCACAUUAAAAGAAAAUUGUACACGUUCAAACAGCAUAAAGGGUUGGUAUAACAUUUCACAUGCACCUGAUAAAGAUCUGAAAAUCCUGCUAAGUUUCCCUGCCAAAAAUCAGGUUGCUGUGGCUGCAAGCAUAAGCAAAAUCCUUACUUCCUGUAUGAUAAAAAUUGUAACACCUGUUGAAGUAUUUUAUGAAAAUGUAGUGCUGAAAAACUCAUCCUGUUUCUGCAAUCUAGCCACUCUGGUGAUAACUGAUAAUGAUUGUCUAGUUCUCGAAGCAUUGCUGUCCUCAAGCUCUUGGAAUAUCUCACAAGCAUUUCAGUUGAAAAACUGCUCCCGAUGUAUACACAAGGGUGAGUGUGCCAGCUGUAAAUGGACGCAUGUCUCUCCUGCCACCACCUGCCAGGAUAGUUGUAAUGCAACUGCUUCCAAGGGGAUCAUCGCUGCGCAGAAAACAGAGCAUAUCAGCAUUCAUUCCAUUGAACCUUUGUGGGUUUCUACAUUAGGCAAAAGUGAAAUAACAGUCAAAGGAGAAAACUUUACACGUGCGUCAGACAUAAAACUGAUACUGACUGGAAUCACUGGCUGUAAACCAGACAUCAUUAAAGUUAGAAAUGUGCUAAACGAUACACAAAUGACAUUUGCUCUCCCACCAACACGUAAAGAGGCCAAAAGUAUAUGUAUACAGGCCAAUGGGAAAAAAUGUUCACCACCAAUGACCCUACAUUAUGUUUCACUGCCAUCGUGUUUUGGAAUCACACCAAAUACCUCCUGGAUCAGUGGUGGUCGCAAAAUUACUACCAUUGGUAGAAAUUUUAAUGUGGUGGACAGUGUGAUUGUCUCAGAUGACCAGAGAUCAAACCUCACCGUCUCUAGGUGUCCUGGAAAUGAAUCUGAAUAUCAUUACUUAACACCAAGCCUGAGCCAUGCAACGGAGGGUAAAGUUGUUGAUAUGCUGUUAAAAGUGGAAUCUACCUUUAUACCAUGUGUCAAAUUACACUAUCACCCUGACCCAGUGUUCAUUAACUACCAGCUGCACACUGAGUUGGAUCCUGAUCUGGAAUUAAAAAUAUAUAAAGAAAAUGACAACUUGAAUAUUUCUAAAACGGAGGUAGAGGUUUAUCUGUCAUAUAUGAAUGGUGCACAGACCAAAAAGAUAUGGUUCAGUGUCCAAAAUAUUACCAAAAAGCCAGACCGUAGCACCAUACUGUGCAAAUUCAAAAGGGAAGGAACAGACAAGAUUGACUUUUCCACAGUGAAAGUUUUUGUCAAAUUAGGAAAUUUUGAACAUGAAGUCAAACCAACAUCAUCACACAUAUAUUUAUAUGUUCUUAUUUUGCUACCUAUUGUAGUGGGUGUCAUUAUAGCGGCAUUCAUAGUUACUAGAUACAAAUCCAAAGAGUUAACUCGUAAACAGAGUCAGCAACUUGAACUGCUGGAAUAUGAGAUUCGGAAGGAAAUACGCGAGGGAUUUGCUGAACUGCAGAUGGAUGAAUUAGACGUAGUGGAUAGCUUUGGAACCGUUCCCUUCCUUGACUACAAACACUUUGCUCUUAGAACUUUCUUUCCAGAGUCAGGAGGCUUUGCAUCCAUCUUCAGUGAAGACAUGCCACAGAGCAGAGACCAAACGAGCAAGGAUGAAAGCUUCAACAUGUUGCAUGCUUUAAUUUGUAACAAGAACUUUCUUGUUACUCUCAUUCACACCCUUGAAAAGCAGAAAAAUUUCUCUGUGAAAGACAGGUGCUUGUUUGCAUCCUUCUUGACUAUUGCACUACAAACUAAGCUAGUUUAUCUAACCCAUAUUUUGGAAGUGUUGACAAAGGACUUGAUGGACCAAUCAAGCAAUGUACAGCCUAAGCUCCUGCUCAGACGAACCGAAUCUGUGGUAGAAAAAUUGCUGACAAACUGGAUGUCAGUCUGCCUUUCUGGAUUUCUCCGGGAGACAAUUGGUGAACCUUUCUAUUUGCUAGUGACAACCCUCAAUCAGAGGAUAAACAAAGGACCUGUUGAUGCGAUAACUUGCAAAGCCCUGUACACGCUUAACGAAGACUGGCUGCUGUGGCAAGUGUCUGAAUUCAGAACAGUGACAGUGAACAUUAUCUUUGAAAAAAUCCCAGAAAAUGAGAGUGGAGAUGCCUGUCAAACUAUCCAAGUUAAUGUUCUGGACUGCGACACGAUAGGCCAAGCCAAGGAGAAGAGCCUUCAGGCUUUCUUUAAUAAGAAUGGCUUUCUCUAUGGUCUUCAGCUGGAUGAAAUUGGUCUUGAACUUGUGUCUGAGGAGCAGCAAAGAGAAUUGUUAGAUAUUGAUGGUUCCUCAGAGGUGAUGGAGGAUGGGAUAAGGAAGCUAAAUACCAUCGGUCAUUACGAGAUUUCAAAUGGAGCAACCAUAAAGGUCUUUAAAAAGAAGGCAAAUACCCGAUCAGAUGUGGACUACUCGGAUGAACACUGUCAUUUGAUUUUACCAGACUCCGAAGCAAACAAAGAUGUGAAAGGAGCAGGUCACAAAGGAAAGCAAAAAUUCAAAGUGAAAGAAAUGUAUCUGACAAAGCUUCUGUCAACCAAGGUUGCAAUUCAUUCAGUUGUUGAAAAGCUCUUCAGGAGCAUUUGGAGUUUACCCAACAAUAAAGCACCUGUGGCCAUCAAGUACUUUUUUGACUUUCUGGAUGCCCAGGCUGAGAGCAAAAAAAUUACUGACCCUGAUGUGGUCCAUAUAUGGAAAACCAACAGUCUUCCUCUUCGCUUCUGGGUGAACAUACUGAAGAAUCCCCAAUUUGUCUUUGAUAUUAAGAAGACUUCACAUAUAGAUGGCUGUUUGUCUGUAAUCGCACAAGCUUUCAUGGAUGCCUUUUCUCUAGCAGAACAGACACUGGGGAAGGAAGCACCAACAAAUAAACUACUCUAUGCUAAGGACAUUCCACUCUACAAGAAGGAGGUGAAAGCAUACUAUAAAGCCAUCAGGGAUCUGCCUCCACUGACCACUUCAGAGGUUGAAGAAUUUCUAACUCAGGAAUCUAAGAAACAUGAAAAUGAAUUUAAUGAGAAAGUGGCCUUGACUGAAAUCUGCAGAUACAUAGUGAAAUAUUAUGAUGAGAUUGUCAGCAAACUCGAGCGAGAACGAGGGUUUGAAGAAAUCCAGAAGCAGCUCCAGCAAGUAAAAGCCCUGUUUGAUGAAAAGAAAAAAUGCAAAUGGCUUUGAGCAGAGCACUGACUCACAGCGUCACUGUGGGGGAUUUUAAAUAAGCGCUGCUGCUCCCAAAACUGUUUUGACUGACUAUAUGUACAGGGUUUGAAACAUUUGGACACUCUUCUCCACUCUGACCAUUCCAAGUAAUAUCUACAUUUGGGAAUGAAGUACGGGCAGGGGUAGAUACUCAAACGUGGGCGUGUGAAAGCAAAAGUGAGUCUAGUGUUGGCAGGGCCAGCAUUUUUAGGUACUUGAACACAUGUACCUUUUGGUUCAAAAAUACUGCCUGAGUAAGCUUUCUGCUUACUUAAAAACAAGCUUGCAGGAGAUGCGCAAAACACAUUGCAAGUUCAGAGUUGCCCAUGUGAACUUGUAAGUAAGUCGCUUAGCUCUUUUUUCAAGAGAGAAGGCUGAUGUUUCGCCACAUCCUUUCAGCAGCCUUGACAAACUGUGAGGAUGAGCUCCGGCUUCAGAAUACGGGUCAGCUGCAGUUUCCUUCCUUCCUUCCAGACAAAUGUACACUGGUUCCUGUUUGAAAAAAAAAAAAAAAGCAGCACCAAAGUGACACUUAGGACAAGCGUGUUUAGCAGAUGAAGUGGGUCUGAGGCUUGAAGGCCAAAUGCCACGUGGCAGGACUUACCUUCCUUAGGUUAGAAAUUCCACGUGCAAAGUGAAGGCAACCACUGAGCAGGGGGGGAGGCUUUUGGAGAAAGGCGCUAGACCGGCAUCAGUCUGUGUUUACAUUUCUACCUUUCCAUCCUUAAAUAAGCUGUGAAACACUUGUGAGCAGCUUCACAUGUGAAACCUCCGUGCAGCUGCACCGCAUCGGAACACCGUUGCGAUUUGAUGAAGCAGCUGAUGAUGGCUGCGCUUUGGUGCACAAACCUGUACUCAGGUGCAUGACCGGCCCAUGCAUCAGUGCUGACAGUCCCGGCCAGUCUUGCCAUCCGUGUACAAGGGCCUCACAAAUCUAAAGCCAGCAUAUUUUUUUUCAGGUUGGCCACACAAAGGCUUUGUCAAAAGAGGGUUAGUUUAAUAAUAUGUAAGAACAGGAGGGCUGGCGUCAUCUCUGACUGUGUCUGAGAAACUGAUACAA